GGGGUAUUUACGUCAUUUUAACAAUCGGUUGCAUCUGAAAACGUCCUGAAGAAAACCUCGGGCCCUUCCGCUCCGAACCGAAGCAGCUCUUUUCCUUGCCGCCGCGGGAUUUACUGACACUGUUUCCUAAAACAGGCAACGCCGUCAGAUUCCAGCGUACUCAAAAUGACGAGAUGCUGAUGAACGGAGGAAGAAAGAUAUACACGGCGAGAGAACGGAUUCGGAGCUCAGCGAUGGAAAAUCAGGCCCAAAAGAAGGUUUAUUUACAUUACAACCACACUGACUCGUGCAAAUUCUCGAGGUGGACUGCUAGGGAAAGUUAUGAGUUUAUGUAUGGAAGGCCUUGGCAAAGAGUUUCAGAUUUCUAUUCCAAUCUAGUCAAUGAGCGUUUGUCGCUAUUUGAUGUGUUUGGUGUCGAUAGGCAUUUCUCCACAGAAACUUCCAUGCAAGAUGCUGAUAGAAUUUUGGAAGCUUCUGAAGAAACCAAAUCAGCGAAUGUACCUAGGAAAGAGAGAACUGGAAGGUGGGCGAGACUAACAUUUAAAAUAGUUCUUUCAUACCAUGGUGGUUCCUUUGAUGGGUGGCAGAAGCAGCCUGGCCUGAACACUGUUCAAGGCUUAGUAGAAAAAUCACUUGGUAGAUUUGUUGAUGAUAGAAAAGCUCAGCAGCUGAAAGACAAGUCCUUACCAAUUGAAGCUAAUUCUUUUGUGGCUGGGCGCACUGAUAAAGGGGUGACGGCCCUCCAGCAAGUCUGUUCAUUCUAUACUUGGAGAAUGGAAGUUAAAUGUGGAGAUAUUGCAGAUGCUAUCAACAGUGCAGCACCUGGAAACCUCAAAGUCAUAUCCGUAUCCAAGGUUUCACGAGAAUUUCAUCCUAAUUUCUCAGCUAAAUGGAGACAUUAUUUCUAUAUAUUCCCCCUCAAUGACAUUGAGAGAGAGGAAAAAAAUGAGAGUGGAAGUGAUGGUGAUGGUACGAGCUCUUUUGGGCAUGAUGAUGAGCUUAAAAGGGAAUGGACCGAACAUGUUGAAGAGAAUGGAGAAUUCGUUACAGGUGACAAUGAGGACGAAUUAGAUACUGGAAACAAGCCAAGAAGCUUCAGUGUGAGCAGGGUUAACCAACUUCUACAACAGCUAGAGGGGAAGUCCCUAUCCUACAAGAUGUUUGCACGGGAUACCAAAGCUUCAAGAAGCACAGGUCCACCAACAGAGUGUUUUGUCUACCAUGCUCGGGCUGUGGAAGCCAGAUUACCUAGUGCUGAAGAGGCAAAUGCAAGUGGACUGAAUGUAAUGUGUGUGGAGCUGGUUGCAAAUCGAUUCUUGCGCAGGAUGGUUCGAGUGCUUGUUGCGACAACCAUAAGAGAGGCAGCUGCAGGUGCGGAUUGUGAUGCAUUGCUUAGGUUGAUGGAUGCCACAUGCAGACGUGCCACAGCCCCACCAGCACCGCCCGAUGGCCUUUGCCUUCUCAACGCGGGUUAUCAAGAAUUCAAGCAAGAAUACUGUCUAAUCGUUUAGCUGUUUUUAUUUUUAUUUUUAGUAUAUAUUUAACCAGUUUUUCAGCAAAAGAUGUAGUUGCACAGAUGUUUAUUUAAUUUGAUUACACCAUUGUUACUUGAAUUACCUAUCUGGCCUUA